AUAGAAACAGUGUGUGACGGUGGAGAGGGGGAGAGAGAAAGAGGAAGAGCGAGAAAAUGUGUGGAGGAGCCAAAGUCCGCGAUGUGUUCUGGUGUUCUAUUUCCCCUUUCAAGAUCCUCAUCGAUUCUCUGAAGAUUUUCCUCAGAAACAAACGCUUCUUCUUCUCAAUCUUCUUCUUUGUCUCCGUCCCUCUCUCCUUCCUCACAUUCUUCCUCUUCAUCUCCACCUACCCUCUUCGCGCCGAAAUCUACCACCUCGAAGCUGUCGCACUCGUUGCCCCGACCCGAUUCGAAGCCCGGCACGUGUGGCAGGAGUCCCGCGAAGACGCCAUCUACCUCCUCCGAAUCAAAGCCCUCUUCUCCAUCCCUUGUUUCGUCCUCUCUCUUUUUGCAGCCGUAGCCGCCGUGCACGCCACCGCCCUAUCUUAUAAUGGUAAAGUUCCAACUCUGCAAUCGGCCGCCACGGCUUUCAAACAGAAUUGGAAGCGUCCGACAAUCACCGCGAUCUUUAUCUACGCAAUACUGCUCGCGCUCGCUCCGCUUCAGCGGAUAUUCGCAUUGCUGGCGCCGACGCCGGAGCUGAGAUUGAUAACUCUGACACUCGGGUCGGGUGUAGAGGUAUACCUUAUUGCGGUGCUGAGUUUAGGUCUCGUGGUUUCGAUCUCGGAGGAGAGGUUCGGUUGGGAGGCGAUUAAGGUCGGGUCGGGUUUGAUGGAGGGGAGAAAGUUCUGCGGAUGGGUGUUAUCGGGUCUGCUUGUGUUGGUGUCGGGCCUGAUCCGAGGAAAGAUGGAGGUGUUGAUGGAGGGUCCGAUUACGUCGUCGGGGUUUCUAUCGCCGACGAGCACUAAGGGCAAAAUGGGAAUAAUAUGUGCAUAUGGGGUGGCGGUGGUGUGGAGCUACGUGGUGACCACAGUGUUUUACUGUGAGUGCAGAAGACGGCAUGGGGUCAAAGAACUUGAACACGAAGAAGACGAAGAAACGGGUAUUUCGAUGCUGUAAUUAUUGUUUUCUCCAAUUCUUUUCCUGUUUUCUUCUUUAUUGGAUCAGAUUUUAGAUGCAUCUUCAUCUUUGUAUCAUCCAACCAAAUAAGUAUAGCUAAUUGUGUACAUUUGGAUGAGCUGUGUUCCAUUUUUAUAAUCUUCUCACAAGCUUCAAUUUAUUGCAUGUCUUUUUGGAA